GCUUCAGGGCAUGGCUGAUGAGGUGAGCCUUGAGCUUCUUCAGGGCUUCGAGAGUGCCGAGGCCAGUGUCGGUGCCACGCCCAUGGCGGCCCCCAACGUUUUCAAGCUUUUGACUUGGGGAUCCGUCAAGGAGUGCAUGGGUUUCCUUUUGCGCCGUGCCAUUGAGAACACCGAGGCUGUCGGACGUACCAAAGACUCCCAGGUGGCGAUGUUCGCUGAAUUGAAGCGCCGGAUGAUUGGAGGCAGCAAAUAG